AUCUACAACUACAACAACAAAUACAUUGUAUAUGAAAUUUAAUUUUUUUGUGUCCUUUAUUCGCGUGCAUUGACCACUUAAAACAAGGAAUAAUUUCUUUUGUUCUUUAAUUAUAAAUAAAGUGAAAACCAUACUACAAUAAUAAUUAAUUUAAACAAUGGUUCCUUUAACAGAAGUUUCCCUAGAGGAAGCAAUUAAAAGUGAUAAAUCUUUAAAAAACGCUGCAGAACAAAUAGCAAAAGAUAUACAAAACAAAUCCUAUGAAAUUGCUAAUCUAUGUGAACAACUUAACUUUGCUUUAACCUCGAGCAAUGUGGAACAACGUGUCCAGGGCACUUGGCUUUUUUCGCGUGUAUUAUCCAAUUUACCUAAAGAUCAACUAAAUGCAGAACAAUGUGAAGUAUUAGCUAAUUUCUAUGCUGCUCGUCUGAAAGAUCAUCACAAUGUUAUACCGGCCGUUAUAGAAGGCAUAGAUGCAUUAGUUCAUAUGAAAAUGUUUCCCGGUAAGGGAGUGGUGGUGAUAUUACAAAGUUUUUUCUUGCACACCACCUGUCAAUCCCAAUUAAGAAGUGAUCGUUAUAGAUUAUUCACCAUUUUUAAGUUUAUUUCGGAAACAUAUGUAGAAGAGCUAAAAGCUAUGUCUGGUGAUUUUAUAUAUGGCAUCAUUAGUUCAAUUGAUGGUGAACGUGAUCCCAGAAAUUUGGAUUUCAUUUACAGUUUUAUGCCCGAUUUUAUAGCAACAUAUCCAUUGUUACAUUUAAGCGAAGAAAUGUUUGAAAUAUUUGCCUGUUACUUUCCAAUUGACUUUAAUCCGUCCAAAAAUGAUCCCGAUACCAUAACUAGAGAAAAUUUAUCGAAUAAAUUAACUAAAUGUCUUGUGGCCUCAGUAGAUUUUGUUGAAUGGUGUGUAACGUUAGCUUUGGAAAAACUAGAAAGUGAAUUGGUAGUGGCGAAAUGUGAUUCACUGGAACUACUGUACCAAGCUGCCUUAAAGUUUCCGUGUGAAAGUUUAGAAGAACAUUUCGAACAAAUUUGGACUGCUCUCAAAUCGGAGGUAUUUCCGGGCAGUGACAAUAAAGAUGUAGUUGCAUUAGCCUUACGCGCCUUACGUUGUAUUCUGGAGCAAGCUACUGCUGCAGCAAAAACUAACAUUAGUCAUAAUUAUCAAACAAUGAUUUUGGGAACCAUAUUAACCCACUUAAGCGAUGUAAAACAUCGCCUAUUUAAUCCAGCUUCUUUAAUUGCUUUGGUUUGUGUGGCUGGUGAUCCGGUAUUUGCCAGUGAAAAAAUACUAAACACAUUCUUAUUAAAAUUACAAGAUUCCUCUGCUACAGUGGAUGAUGAACAAUUCAUACGUAUUUUCAAUAUAAUAGAGCAACUUUUUUGCAUCGUAACCGCCAAAGGAGAAAGUGUUAUUAAAGCCGUGAAUUCGCAGGUGUGUGGCCAAUUACAUGCUCUUGCUAUCCAGAAAUUAAGAUCAUUUGAAACAUGUACUAAAGAAGCAGUAAAUCAAGAUUUACUAAAAGCUGCUAUAGGUGUGUUAAUAGAAUCAGCCCCCAUCAUCAAUGAAGCUAAUCGCGCUCUUGUGUAUAAGGUAUUAAUGCAAUUACUAACUCACGAUUCUAUCGAGUUGGAACAAACCCAAACGUUGUUGGAACGUUUAGGCGCUUUACAACCCAUUGAAUUACAAUCGAAUUGUAUUGAUGGCUGCAUUAGCAAUUUUGCUAACUAUAGUAAUUUUGUCAAGGAAAAAAUACUCUCCAAUCUUUUACCGUUAAUUCGACAAAUGGCUUUUACCGAACGCAUUAUGGAUUUAUUGUACAAACAAUCGUUUGGUGAUGCAACAAUUAGCAAUGAUGUACGUCUUUUGGCUUUAAAGGCCCUCAAUAAAUUGUUACAAAAUGAAGAUGAACGUUUCGUAGAAGAUCUACAGCACAAUAGCGAAUUGAUUAGUAAACUGGUACAUUUAGCACAAAAUAAUAAAGAACUUGACUCUCAGGUACUGGCGGAAAUUUCACAAAGUCUAAGCUUAAUAAUACGAACAUUGGCAGUUUCUGAACAAUUUAUGGUGGCAACGGAAUAUUUAUAUAAUCUAAAUCUACAACUAACUGCUGAUUUAUAUAUUGCUAAAGGUUUAUUGGGUUUCCUUAAUAAGGACAUUAGUUUGGAUGAUCAUUUCGAACGUUUAAUGGAUGAUUUAACGCAAUUAUCCUUAAUGUCGGAAGAUGAACAUGUGCGCGAGGUGGCUCAUCAUUUGAUGUGUAGUUUGGUGAAUAAAAUCGAUUAUACGGACAAUAAUCGUGGUAUUGUGCGACGUAUUAUAGCGAGUCUUAAAGAGGCCAUUAGAAAAGAGAACAAAAAGGCUGUUGAAGCUUUAUCAUGGUUAGCCCGGGGUUUAGUAGUGCGUGGUUCAGAUGAUGCCGGUGAAAUUGUGGAAGCACUUGCAGAACUUUUGGAUCAUGCCUCAUUGGGUGGAGCUGCCACUUUAGCAUUUGAUAUUAUUUCAGCCGAAUAUCCACAAUUGCAUUUACCAGUUGUUAAAUUUUUAUUUAAACAAAAGUUCUUCCAUAUGAUUCUAAACAAAUUGGGUCAUAAACUAGAAACGUAUUGUGAACAUCAUUUGACGGCCUUUAUAUACGUAAUAAAGACCACGCCACAUGCGGUGUUAAAAAUGAAUUUGGAAAAGAUUGGACCAAUUAUAUUUAAAUGUUUAGAUUCAUCUAAUGCUCAUACUUUAUGUAUAGCUCUGAAAGUAUGUGAGAAUUUCAUUAAACAACAAGAUGAAUAUUACCGCGGACAUUUGAAUCAUUUAAUACCUGCCAGUUUAAAGUUAUCAAAAUUCAAUAAUGCUAUGCAAGUACGCGUUUUGUCCUUAAACUUGUUGUAUGAUAUUACAAAAUAUCCCACAUUUGUUUUAUUGCCCUACAAAAUGGAUGUAGUGCUGGAUUUGGCCCACGCUUUAGAUGAUCCCAAACGUUUAGUACGUAAUGCUGCUGUACAAGCGCGCAAUGCUUGGUAUUUAGUGGGUGCUCCUAAUUCCUCAUAAUUUUUGCUUUAACCCUUUAACUUGACAUUUUAGCUUUUGUUUAAAAACUUAAGUUUCUUAAUUUUUUUUAUUAAGUUUGUAAAAUAUUCAACUUCAAAAAAGAAAUAGUUAAAAUAUUUUUUUUA